AAAUGUGUUUAUCAUGGCUGAUGAUACCUACAAUAUAUAAAGUGAACCACUGUGGUUGUAUUUAUUGAAUUACUUGUUAUUGAUUGUAAAAUAUAGUGCAGUUAGGUAUAUAGUCAAGGAACGCGGGCAAGUUUCAGUAUUGGCACUUGUAAGGAAGGCAGAAACAGGCUGAAAAUGUCGGAGGCACCAUCGCAUGACUUCCUCGAUGAGGACUCCUUUUUCUCCGAGAUGAUGUCUAGUCAAUCGGAUCUUGAGGACCAAAUUUUAUUGUUAAAAGAGGUAUUAAACAAUGAUCGUUGUAUCGAGGAAAAGUUGGAAGAGCUGCAGAACUUUUUUUCCAGCAAUAGCAUACGAAAUGCGCCGAUAGAUAUCUUGGACGAAAAGAUAUUCAAUACAGCGCUCAUUGGUGCACAAAAAAUAUAUUUCGAGGUUAUUAAUACUAUUAACGAGCUAUUACGAAGCAAACAAAAUAAAACAACAGAUGUGAAAAAUCAACUGAACGUUUUGGUAAAUUUAUUGAAAUGCUGGGAUCUAUGCAUAAGUCACAUCAAGGCCUUGGAGAAAGUAUCUAUCAUCGAUAUCAAAAGCUUUCCCGCAAGUUUAUUUGAUGUUAUGGCUAAUAUGCUACGUCACUGCAAGGAUAGUACUGCAUAUUACGGGGACUACUUUAAUUCAGUUUCGGAAAUUUUGACUACACUUUUUCGACAAUGCGUCAAUACUUUGAAUGUCUUUUAUUCGCUGAUGGAUUCGAUUAUUUCGUUUGACACGAAUCAAGAAGUUGAAAUGAACCUUCUGUUGAAAAUAAUCGACGAAACGGGAAAGAUUGCAACGUUAACCAGUGGUCUGGAUGCCAAGACGCUGACAGAUAUGUGGAAAAGGUUUGGAAAACUUUCUUCGAAUUAUAACAUUGAAAUGAAGAACAUUUCUCCGAGUACAGUAACGCAACAUUUUCGGGGGUUGUCUGAAAGUAUUGUUACUGUUUUGUCGGCUAUCAACCAAAAAAGCCAACGUUCCUCCAAUGAACGAUCCGUUCUUUGCUGUCGACUUCUGUUCAAGAUUUUAGAAAAGUUAUGCGACACUUAUUGCGGUUGGAUACGUGAUGACGUCAUGGUGGCCAUUAUUCUCAUGCUCGCAAAUUUAUUCAGGUAUACCGAGCAUUGCUUGAAACUUCAUGGCUAUCAUCCGGAAUUUAUAAGAUUUAUUGUUUCCAAUUUUGUAUUCAUGAUUGAGCCAUUUUUGGACAUCAUUUUUAAAAAUGACACUUUUAAAUCGGGCUUUUUUGACUACAAUAAAAGUAUUGAAGAUGACGCUCUUGGUUAUCAUUUGUUGCUGUUAAAGAUUGUAAAAAAGAUAUCAGCAUUACCAUACGAGGUGCAACGUGACUGGUGUAACAAAGAAUUUCAUAUUUUGGACGCUUGUUUUAAAAAUAUCGAUAGAUUGACAAGAGAAAUUUGCGUGGGAAAGCAAGAAAUUCAGUUGUCCCGAGACGCUGGACAAGGCUUUUACGUAGCGAACAUUUACGAAGCUACCUGCCUCAGUAUUUUUUCGCUCGUUUGCCACAUUCCAGACGCAGAUUUUUCCGAACUUGUGAUUCUGCUGAUAAAGCACUUGCUCAGUGGAGGAUUUUUUAGCUCCUUACUCAGCUCCGACGUUUGGUGCUUUCUUUGCAGAUUAGGCUCUUCUGAAAUGUGCUUCAAUCACUUCAAGCAUUUAAUGCAGAUCUACGAGUUGCUCGGAGAGCGAAAACACAAUGUCAACGUUGUUAUGCUGUCUAGGCUACUGAGUCGCCAGUACGCGUUUCUUUCGGAGAAGGAUAAGAUUGAAGUCAUCAAUAGCAUUGAAAAGUCGUCCGAUCCACAUAAGUGGAGUUGCCUAGCUCGAAUCGUCGAUCCGCAGAAGAUGCAGUUGCUUCGACAACAGAUUGAUGCCUCAACAGCGAAUUCCGAAAUAGCGUCUAAUUUAAAAACAUUGGAAGAGCAGCCCACGUUACAUAAUUUAGGUUCACUGGUGAAAAAUUUAUCGAUUAUCGAAGCUUGCGACGUUCCGCAGGACAAGCAAUCGAUCGACACCUUCGUCAAUAUGUGGAACAAGCUUGUCUACAUAUUAGGCGACUGCGAAGGCACAUUACGGCUACUUUUGGAGGAUCUCGCAAUUGCCUUGAUUCGUGCUACACAUCCUCAAGAAGUUGAAUCCAAGUAUAUAACCUCGAUUCUCGAAUCCACGACUUCGCUCUACCCGUACGCCUCGAGUGCUCUGCGCCUGGAGCUCUGUCACCUGCUGUACCGUUGGUCUGCUCGUCUGACCGAAGUCGACUCGAGCGUCGUAGCCGAGCUGUACUGUCGACUUCUCAGCGACGCCAAGCCCUACGUCCAGCAAGAAGCCUUCGAAAGUUUCGAGCAUCUCACACGCGCCUGUCCCAACGCCGGCCUCAUAUCGUCCGUCGCUCUGUCCAUCAAAAACGCUCAGUCCGAGGUCUCGCGAACUCUUCCCGCGUACAUCUCCGGCGAAGUCGUCCAUUCUCUGGCUGGCUUUCGGAGCCAUGACGAAUUCUUCGCUGUUCUGAGCAGCAGCACUCUAGACCUGAAGAAGCACGAGUGUUACAAAAGGAGUCAGGCCGACCGGGAGGAAAAGGUACUGAAGCUGGACGAGGAAGCAAGUGGUAACCUCAUCAAAAACGACAGCUGCUUAGAGGAUGUGGAGAAACGGGCAGAAAAUAUCUGCAGCGAAAUGGAGCUAUUGUUGAAGCAUAAAAGCCAGAUUAGAAGAGAUACGCUCGAAAAGCUACGCCAGGUUUGGCACAGGUUUAUAGAGUCGGGAGAUUAA